AUGCCAUCAGACUCCAGAGGUAGUGUUGGUGACAGUCACUCUCUUGAAAACAUACCUGUUGACGCUCCGGUGGACAUGUUGCCAGGCGAAACACCCAGCCGGCCUGGCGAUGAAUCAGCUCAGUGUGGUAUAAUCCCUGGCCCCCUAUCUAUCGAAUGCAUCAAGCAACACGAUAACGCACUGAACCAAGAAACCAUCCUCGAAGGCCACCAGAUCCAUGAUAACAUGGAGGACGAAGACGACGUGGAGGAACUAUCCCCUCGCUGCGAGCUAUUCGGACUGCGGUAUCCUGCUGAUGACUCCGGAUAUGCCGCACCAGCUAUAGGAUAUCAGGAAUGUCUGGAUGAUUAUAAGGAAAUGGGGGUCAGAUCACGGGAGAAGCUAAAACAGGAUCGGAUGGAAUCUCGUAAGCGACGUCUGGCGCAGGGAUUGCCAGCAGAAGAUCCACGACGCAGACAACUGAGGAAAGAGAGGCGAGCGAAGUAUCAGGCAAUGAAGGUGGCGCGAGGAGAGGAGCUGUCUGAGACCGACACUUCGCUCAGUGAAGAUGAGUUUGGAUCAGCUCCCUGGGUGUUUGAAGAGCGUAAAGUACCUCCACCAGACGAUGAUGAGCGUGAGAGAGAAGACACCCAGCUUCCCGCUAAGUCCGCACGCGCCACUGAGGAGUUCUCAGAAUAUGGAUUGGAGAAGCAAGCAACGAUUGUUACACUCAGUGGGGAGGUUCUUACUAUUUCUCCUCCGAAUCCAGAAGAUUUUGUCACUCUUUCUGAAUCUGCCCGACGAAAGAGAGAAAAGAGGCGGGCAAAAGGGAUCGCUACGCCUCCUCCUUGCUCGCCGUCACCACCCUGUUCGAUCAUCUAUGGGUCUACCCCCGAUUUGCAACCCACGGUAGAGCCAGACGAGACUGAAGCUACGUCUACUACACAAGCGAAGAAGAAUACCCAAGGAGGCGUGUCUACUCCUCUUCUAUGGCCGACAGAGAGAGUAAUAGAGCUGGCACCCAAGGAGGAAGGGAAAGAGAGUGACAUUGAAGAAAUUCCUCGCACUGAGGAACCGACUUAUGCUACAGGCCUCUCACCCAAGUGGAUGGAGGAAAGCGAUGUCACGGAAACAGAGUAUCAGUCGCGUCGUGGCCGCAAGUCACCCACAGAAGUUACGAUGGAUGAUGAAGCCAUCUAUGAAGAAUUCCAUGGGCCUGGUAUUCGUGUUGCCGCUAUAGAUCCCAAUGAACCAAGUGUUAUUACCAUAUCUGAAUACGACCGCCGGGAGAGGGAGGAGAGGAGACGGAUGGGGAUUCCUACGUCUCCUCCCUACUCAUCGUCUGUUCAGUCUUCUGAAGAAAGCUCGUCUGGUGGAUUCACUUUCACCCCACGAGAAAGACGCCCAAUACACUCAAAAUACGCUCGAGCGAGUGCCAGAUCAUAUAAACAUACGUCUAUCCCCAGACGCGCCGAAAGGUCGCUGGCUUCUGACCGAGAUGAAUUCUGGAAAAACGAGGAAGAGACAAUGAGACCUGGAGACGAGGCUAAUUACCACGCCCGAGCAAAACGCAGACGUGCAAGCCACGUCAAACGCGCAAAGAAUGAUGUUAAUAUUAAGAUCGACCUUUGCCUGAACAUCGACCCUGAGCUGAGAACGACGCUAGGCCCCGGCAACCAAAGAUCUGGCCUUCGCUCCCGGUCAGCCUUGCACUCCCGCAAAACAUCUCUAGACACAUCAAAACCUGAAUCCGUUGGGGCCCCAAAUGCAGCAUGGUAUAAUAUAGGCCUGGAGAACAAGGCCAUCAUGGCAGGCCUGGUUGGCCUAGCUGUCGGGUUUACGGCUGGAAUAGUUUUUCGCCGACACAGGUAA